UCUACUUUUUAUGUGAAGAGUUAACUCAAAUGCUGAGCACGUGGUGAAACGGUGGUACUAUCGCUUCGACAAGAAAAAGAAAUGUCGGAUAUUUCUUUUAUUAGGGUGAAAGAGAUGCGGCUUGGUUUGUUUCAUGUGAGGUGGAUUUUGAAGGAUGUACUGAAGGCAGAUUCCCACCAACAGAAAUUGCAACUUCUUGGUUCAAAGUCAAGUUCUACAUUCAUCAUCCACCUAAACAUUAUCACAAAGGAUGAAAACAUCCACCUUGGAAAUAAAAAACGCAAAUUCUUGAUCGGUGUUGAAGAGAUAUUGCCAAGGUACUCAGUGAAUGUUAUUACAUCUAAAGAAGGGGCUGCUGGUAUACAUCAAGAAAACUUACCCAAAUUAAACCACCAGUCGACUGACUCAGUAGUGAAACAGUUGAAUUCUUGGGAUUCAAGGCCUGUCUAUAUGUGGAUACAUCCUCAUACUGGAUCAGCAUAUGCAAAUGAAAUACCACUGCAGAACUUAGCUGACAGGAUGUGGAGCCGGAUUGUUAUGGGAUCUCUACCAAACGCCAUUACACUGUGGAUAGACUUUGGAACAACUAGUUUGGGUGAGAAGAAUGUCAUUCAUGGCCUGAAAAGAUUGCUUUACAGCCAAAGUCAGUGUGAUGUUCAGUUUGUUUGCAAAAAUGGACAAGAAGUGGGUGCCCAUACCCUGAUUCUGUCAACUGGAAGUCCAGUUUUUGCUGCCAUGUUCCAUUCGAAACCCUUAAUACCAGGGGUUAAUAAAGUGAAAAUUGAUGAUUGUGAAAUGGAUGUGUUCAAGCAACUUUUGGUUUACUUGUACACUGGUAAUGUUCCAAAUCUUUCAGAUGAUAAAACAAUCGUCAUGUUUUUCAAACUGUCUGACAAAUAUGGCAUCGAGACGCUCAAGAACCAAUGCGUUGAAUUAUUGGUAAAGCGGGUGACAAUUAGCAACGCCAUCAGUUUGCUGAUUCUCUCCCGCCUACAUGCAGUGCCGAAGCUAUUGGAAUCUGUGUUAGAGUUUGUGGCCGGUAAUGGCUUCGAAGUUUGCUCACAGCAAAAAUGGAUGGACCUGAUGAAGCAUUAUCCGGAUUUGUGCCUUAUGGCCACGAGACGCAUGACUGCUAAGAAUGAUAAUUAACUUAGCAAAUUCUAUAUUUAAAGUAAGGAAGUUCUCAUGCAACCACUUUUUAAUAGUUUGGCGGAACCAGUUUUCUAUGCCGAUUAAUACAGAACUGCAGAAGUUCUGGAUCAAGAAAUGGAACCUAGUUAUUGAAAAAUGCAAAUCGCAAAUGCUACCCUAUCAUAAUCUGCUACAGUGACAUUUAAAAUGCACGGGCAUUGUUCUAAACUCAGAUUCUUUCCGUGAUUUGUGUUUUUAAAGUAAGUUUUGUCAAUUUCUUCAAAGCCUUCACCGCCCUCCAAAAUCGAAGUGUUGUAGCUUGCGUGUGAGGUGCACUUGCAGUCAUCUUGGGCCUGUAUUAUACGAAAACGGAGAUAAAGGUUUGUAAAAAAAUUCCUGUUGCCCGAUACGUUAUAUUUUACUUUACCAAAUGUAUACAUAUGAUCCUACGAAUGGUUGCUGUCCUCCAUC